GUGCGAACAGUCAGAUAAGAGGUCAUUGUAAACAUUGCUGAUUAAAUUGGGAAAGAUGACAGAUGUGUUAAGAACAAGCUUCUUCAUUUUGGUCAUAUCAAGUCUUACUCAGGGUUACCAAGACAAGAUUCCUGAGGGAUUUGCCCUCUCGGUAUAUCAUGAUUGUGGGCCCAGUGUAGCAUAUAAUCAACCUAUUAUCAGUAUUAUGACUGAUCUGAAUGGAGCUGGAGCCGUUGCACACUGUCGAAAUGGUGAUUUUGAUUUCCUGACUGAAGAUGGUAUUUUUCUCGAUCUGUUCCCGUCAUUAAUGGACAGCCAGUUUUAUUGUGUUUUUGAUAGAUUGAACAAUACUAAUACCUAUGUAUUAAAAGCGACCAUGUUUUGGGGUGACAUGGCAGGGUCAAUUGACACUCAUAAUAGGGAGUACUUGAUAACUUGUAAUUUUGACGAGAAAGGUUCACCUAAGACUGAAGAGACUGUGAUUGGUGAUCGAAUAUUGGCUCCAAAGGAAAUUUCACACAACAUGGGAGAACCGACCACUUCAGACCUAUCGUUAGAUUUGGUAAAUGUACGACAUGAGGUUAUAGCAGAUUCUAUUCAAUUGGACAGAUAUGUUCGACUCAUCGCUUCGACAGAUGGCAGUAGCGGUGAGGUGGGAAUCAAACCAGUUAGCUGUGAUGCUGUAGGGAUUCCGUCAGGCGCUCGUCAUGCCAUUUUCAGGGCAGGAUGCGGUGACGGUUCUGUAUUUGGCAGAGAGGAAGCGUUUAUUACAAAAGGGUUGAAGGCCUACAGUCCUUAUUUUGGUGCUUUCAAAGUUGAUGGCGAUGAUUCUGUGGACUUCGAAUGUAAUUUGACACUUUGCUUCCAGAACUGUGACGGGUCAUCGUGUGAAAAUGAAAGACGAAAGCGAUCUGAGUUGAUUCAUGAUUUUCCUAACAGGCGUGGUGGAGUAUACUUUAUUAAAACCAAACCAUUUAGAUGUGAGAACGUUACAGACAAAGAAUUCGGGACCAUCAACGACAACAAAGAGAAUGACUUGCCGAAUCUACUUAGACUGAAGACCGUAACGUUUGAUUUAAGCAUCGAGGAGGACUUUGUCUCCAGUAGACAAAUGUGGAUUCUGGUAUCUGUCUUGGGGUUCCUGGUAUUCGUGGCAUUGUUUGUGUCAUUAUAUAACUGUGUCAACGAUAUCAAGCCAAAGGACAGUGGUAAAUUAGACAUUGGACGGGUCGAGACCACAGGUACUAGUAAAACCAUGGAUCCCGUGGAUAAACCAUGCUCCGAUACUACUGAACCUCUACCUGAUAUCAACAUAAUUACCGCCAGUUAUUGUCCUUUACCAGUUAAUAAAGUCUAAAGCUUUU